GAUGGCGUGUAUAUAAAGAGGAAGGCUGAGAGCAACCUGCUCUUUUCCAGUCCCGAAGAGAAGUAGCAAGAAGAAAGACAGCAGAAGAGGGCAAGUGCUAAGACGUGAAGAUGUUGAAGUUUGCUGCAGCCCUAUUUCUCGCUAUCUUAGCAACGUCUACAUGCAAAGAGUUUAGCUGCCUGGAAGGGGAUACUCACAAAGAGAAGCCGAGCCCGGAGCCGGACAUGCACGAAUGCACUCUGUACUCAAAGUCUUCCUGUUGCGAUGCAGAUUUCACGGCGCAAUUGGACCAUUCGCCAGUCAUCAAAGUAAACAACAGCUACUGGAACAGAUGUGGGAAUCUCAGCAAAUCCUGUGAAGAUUAUACAAAGAAAAUUGAGUGCUUUUACCGGUGUUCCCCAUAUGCUGCCCACUGGAUCAAUCCGAACUACACCGCUGCUAUCGAGUUUGUUCCCUUGUGCCAAAACUUCUGUGACGACUGGUAUGAAGCCUGCAAAGAGGACCUGACCUGUGUCCGCAACUGGUUGACAGACUGGGAAUGGGAUGACAAUGGAGUGAACCACUGUAAGAGUGACUGUAGCCCAUACAGCGAGGUGUUUGCAAAUGGUACUGAGCUGUGCCAAACCUUGUGGGGGCAUUCAUUCAAGGUGAGCGAAUCCUCCUGCCUGUGCUUGCAAAUGAAUGAGAAGGAUGACGUGGCGAUCAAGUACAUAUUGUCCGAAAGCUCGGAGGAGAGUUCCAGCGUCAGUAGCAGCGAGGAGCGCGCCUGCCGUAAAAAAGUGCUACGGAGCGAGCACCUAAAUGGACAGGAAUGGCCAGAGACAAUUAUAAUUGAAAUGCCAUGAUGGAAGAGAUCUGGCUCGGAUCCUCGCUCAAGAUCAACAGAAGGAUGACUCAGUUUGUCACAAUGUUCUGCUUGCGCUUUCCAGCGCCAGUGCUAUUGCCAAAGUGAAAUCAAAGUCCAGACUAAUACUAAAAGGAUAUUUCUCUGAUAAAAAUGGAUCCACUUCUACUCUUGGUUGUGCUUGUGUGAUUGCUUUGAUGUCAGUAGACGGGCAUCGAUUUAUCUUCUUUUCUACACCGCCUCCCGCAGUGGUGGCACUAGGGUAGCUGAGGGAAGGAUUUAAUUUCCCUUGUCCAGAUUUGUGGCUGGUGGAAAUCAGCAUAGCUCCAUUGCAUGCUUUGGGUCUGUGCUGAUUUACACCAAGUGAGACUCCAUCUCGACCUCUGUUAACAAUAAAACUUGGAAAACUUUUAAACCCCAACAAGAUUACACUGAAUGAGGGUGGCUGUUUGCUUUUGGGGUUUCACACAGCUUUGACAAUGAAGCUAAACAGGUUGGCAUCCCUUUCUCCUUCCCAUCAUCUACUUCCUUUCUUUAAUUCUGAAUCAUUCCUCCCUCCACUAGAUUACGUUCACGUGGCUGCUGUUUUGGACUUGUCAGGAUCUGUUUAAGCAGCGAGGAAGAGAAUUUGGAGGGCAGCUGAGCUCUGCCAAACCUUCCUUCUCACCAGCACUAACAUCUUUCCUUUCCUGUCCAUCUCAAAUGUCUCCUACCUAGCACAGUACUUGAUGGCUCUCUGGCCUUCCUGCUUCUUCAAGCCCUGCUCGAAAUAUUCCCAGGUUUCCCCUUGACAGCUGUGUGUUGAGAUUGGUCAGGUAGCCAAUUCUUAAUCUGUUUGAUGUGUACUUUACUGAUAUUGGAUAAUCAGAAUACCAUGUCAAAUCCCUUGCAAAAUAUAUUACUUUUGAAUGUCA